AUGGAUUCUGACGAAAAUAAUAGUGAAAUGGCUCCAAAAACCCCUGAAAAGGACUCCAAAGCAAAGGUGGACAACAGUGGAAACAUUCUGGACACAGUUUCUCAAGACUUAGAUGAAAUUGACUUGGUGAGCAGCAGCUUGGAUUCCUUAAAUUCUGCCUUGGAUUCAAUUGAAGAACGAGCUGACAAUAUGCGGGCACAGCUGCUGGAACUCCUGAAUUCCAAUAGAGAGAUUUUGAAAGAAUUGCGUGAAGAGUACAAGCCUGAGGAGCAUGGAAGCAAAUCGAAUGGAAACUCCACGAGCAAUGGAAGCACUUAGA